CAAACCAAACAUAUAUAAGUAAGCUCUGGAGUAACGAUAGGUACUUCUGACGAGAGGGUGUAGCGUCUCGCAAUAGAAUACAAGAAAAUGAUGGACAUUGUCCUUCUCACGGUGGUGCUGUUAUCCUUCACCUCCGGUAUAAGUGGUCGCUGUCCAAUGACAAAAAGGGUUCCGAACAUCCACAGACGAUGGCCUUAUUUAGGUAUUGGUAAUGAGAUGGAUGACUCAAAAUCAUUCAAAACAUUCGAAACCGCCUACAAAGCAAAUGACAUGGGGCUUCUUUUGGGCUACCCACCUGGCGUUGGCCAAUGUGGUGGCCGAUAUCCUAUCUGGAGGAAAGAAAUGACUGGCGCAACAUCUGUUGUAUGCUUUCAAAAUGAGACAAGCACUUGUUUCAAGAAAAUGCAUAUACCGACAUACCCUUGCUCGGGUGGUACAGAAGCAUACAGGUUGAAAACUGAUGUUGUUGGGAGUGUUUUCUGCUUCGAACCCAACCCUUGUUACACGAAUCCUUGUCAAAAUGGAGGUACCUGUAUUAAAGACGGGUACGGUUUUACCUGUAAUUGCGCGGACGGAUAUUCGGGUCCUUCGUGUCAAGGGGAUCCUUGCAUCAAUCAUACGUCGUUACCGGGCAUGGAUAAACGACGACCUAGUAACAAGGUGAAAUCAGAUGUGAUUAGGCUGCGUCAUGGGUGGUAUGGGGUACCCAAAGGAGCAGCCAUGCCUAAUCACGCACCACGGGGAAAUGCAUGUGGUUCAAAGAACCCCAUUUGGAGCCCAGGUGUGUUCAACAAGACAUUUGGUGUUCAAGUCGUGUGCCAAGUAACGCAGAACGGCGAAUGUGAUGACCCUCAACUGAUGAAGACCAAGAGGUGUGGGAACACACUGGUGCACGGAAUAUUCUCUUACUUCUAUGCUGGAAACUACUGUUUUGAAUGCAACCGUGGUGCAGUUGACCUCCUGAUCAUCGAGGAUAUUUCUACAUCAGUUGUGAUAAAUCAUUACGAAGAGAUGAAAACUUUCGUCCUGAAUUUUGUGAAUAACAUUGAUAUAAGGAAAGAGCGACACCAGAUUGCUUUUGUGACUUUUGCGGCAACGGCAAAGGUUGGGUUCUAUUUGAAUACAUAUGAUAACAAAACUAACGUCCAAACAGCCAUCAGCUCACAGCGAGUUAGAGGUGGAAACACUUUCCUAGGUGAUGCCAUCAAAUUGGCAACUUCAGACAUUUUCAAUGAGACCAACGGCGAUCGACCUGAUGCUGAGAACAUUGUUGUGCUCUUCACCGACGGCAUGACCAGCAACGUAGAAGAUGUACGCAGCAACAUUGGUGACUUGCACGCAAGGGCUGAGGUGUAUGUGGUGUGUGUGACGUCUGAAGUGGACAAGAACGUCGUCGCUGAAGUUGCUUCUCCUCCAGUGGAAAAGCACGAUAUUAUGAUGAAGAAAGACGAUGCACUAAGUAUGCUCACGAACGAAAUCUUUUCUCGAUGCUAAAACUCACGUAACAGCCUCGUACUCAAGGAUUUGACUUCCUUGGUUUUGCCUGUAACGUUCCGAGAAGAAAUAAAUA